AUGUUAAUUCAAGAAAAUAAUAAGGAAAUAUCAACGUGUAUUAAAAGAAUCAUUACACAUUGGUUCAACAAAGGAUCAGUACUUACGUAUGUCGAUAUUAAUACCUUUGACAAUGAUAUAAUUAAAACAGUUUACGAAAUGCAAUAUUUGACUGUUAUAUCACGAUCAACAGAGAAGAAAGUAUUAUAUCAAAAUGAAGGCUACUUGAUAACACCUAAAAAUUUAAGAGCUUUCAAAGAUAAAUUUAUGUUCCUAUCAAUGGAGGAAGGUUGGAAGCCGGAUGUCCAUUUUCUGAUUAUAUUUGAAGAACUCGAAUUAUCAGAAAUUAAUGAUGUAUUUAAAACUCUUCUACAUUAUCAUGUUUUUAAAGUUUUGGUAAUAAAUGGAGCAAGUAAUUCGAAUAUCUACACUUACAAUCCAUUUGAAAACUAUGGUUGUGGAAUUGUUUUCACAAGGAUUAUAUCAUACGGGAAAUGUCUUGAAGCAAACAUAACAAAAUCAUUUUUUGAUAAACCUGUAACAGGACUUAGAAACUGCACAUUUAGAGUAGCUUUUUGUGAUACGCCGCCAUUCUAUAUUAAUCCUUAUAAUGAUCAGAGAAAAGAGAAACUUGUUGGCCUAGAACAAUUUGUUUUGCAAACUUUAAGCGAAUUGGAACAAUUCAACGUUAUAUAUACCUACCAAUUUAAUCCUGAAGAAGGUUCUAUUAUAGGAGAUGAUAUGAUAGCUUAUGGCCCUAUGAGGUCCAUUCAGAAAGGUGAUGUUGACGUAAUGAUAGGAGGAUUGAUUUUGAGGCCUAAAAGAGUAGAAGCUUUUAGCUACUUAUAUGGACACUAUACUAACUACGACGGACUCAUAAUCUUAGUCAAGAAAGCAGGCUUAGUAUCGAAUUUGAAAAAUACUUAUAUUGAGUUUGAUGUAGUGUUAUGUGGGACGUUCUUUUACAACACGGUGCAACAUUGGGUAGUAAGCUAA